CACAUCUGCGUAUUCCCUCUCCACCAUGAAGUACAUUGCCCUCGUCUUUAUCUUUGCGUCCACUAUCGGUGCUCUGCCUUGCAUUGGCCCUACCUGCCCGAGCACUCCCACGAGCAGACCGCUAAUAAACCUUCGCAUUGACGCCUCAGAAGACAGUAGAAAAGACGGCCUCCUGAACAUCGACGCUUUGGACCGCUAUGUUGUUGCCCGCGUUGGCGGUACGCCGCUGGCUCCUGAAGAGAAAGGCAAGCUCAUCAAUGCCGAGAUCCUUGUGAGCUCAACCAUAGCACCGCCACUCUGGGGUAACGCAUUCCAUUAGUUAACAACCGUUGAAUAAAUGUGUUUUAUUUCGA